AUGAACGGCACAAAUGGUACAAACGGGCAUUAUGCAGUCCCGGAGACGCUCAAAAGAGCCGAGGAAGUUGAGGAUCUGCUCGAUGCCGUCAAAAGCCUGAUAGUCCCGUACAUCAGAGCGGCUGAUGAGGCUGCUAGCCAAAAAGCCAACGGCUACACAUCUGUCAACAUUGAAGGUAUCCCGGCCAAUGUGCUGGUCGACACACAGGAGCCUAAGGCGUUGGUUGAAAAGUUGAAGCUCUCGCUUCCCGAGGGCGAUGGUCUCGGUAAGGAGGGACUGCUCGAUGUCGUGCAAAAGAUUUUGAGAUACAGCGUCAACACUUGGGACCAGGGCUUCAUGGAUAAGCUGUAUGCAAGCAACACUCCGGUUGGCGUCGUCUCCGAUCUCGUUCUGUCUGUCCUGAACACCAAUCUCCACGUUUACCAAGUCUCGCCUGCAUUAAGUAUAAUCGAAAAGAUUACGGCUCGAAAGUUUGCAAACUUGUUUGGCUUCAAUGGUCCUCGGGCCGGCGGAGUCACUUGUCAAGGUGGCAGCUCCUCCAACCUGACCUCUCUCGUCGUGGCUCGGAGCGCUCUCUACCCAGAGACCAAGGCAUCCGGCAACGGUUCGCACGAUUUCAUCAUCUUCACCAGCGCCCAUGGCCACUACUCUGUCGAAAAGAGCGCACUGGCCUGCGGGCUGGGCGCGUCGAGCGUGUGGGCCGUGCCGAUCGACUCUGCUGGGCGCAUGAUUCCCGAAGCUCUUCGGGAGCUGGUCGUCCGCGCCAAGGCGGAGGGCAAGACACCCUUGUACGUCAACUCGACCGCUGGAACGACGGUCAUGGGCUCGUAUGACCCCUUUGAGGAGAUUUCAGGCAUCUGCAAAGAGUUUGGUUUGUGGCUGCACAUCGACGCCAGCUGGGGAGGUUCGGCCAUCUUUUCAGAGAAGCAAAAGUCCAAGUUGAAGGGUUCCCAUCUAGCGGAUUCGUUGACGGUCAACCCGCACAAGAUGAUGAAUGUGCCGGUGACUUGCUCCUUCCUCCUCACGCCUGACGAGAAGGUGUUCCACAAGGCCAAUACCCUGCCGGCAGGGUACUUGUUCCACAACGUGGACGAGACCGAGGACGUGUGGGAUCUGGCGGACCUUACGCUCCAGUGCGGUCGGAGAGGCGACAGUCUCAAGCUGGCUUUGGCAUGGAUCUACUAUGGUGCCGGCGGGUUCGAGCGGCAGAUUGACCAUGCCUUCUCCCUUGCCGAGCAUCUUGCAACGUUGGUGCAGAAUAGCGAGAACUUUGUCUUGGUCUCGUCGAAUCCGCCGCCUUGCUUGCAGGUCUGCUUCUAUUACGCACCCAACGGCCAGCUUGCAAAGGAACCCGAGGCGAACACAAGACGUACUAGCGAAAUGGUUGGGAAACUGAUACAGCGUGGGUUCAUGAUCGACUACGCUCCGGGAGAAAAAGGUAGCUUCUUCCGAGUUGUUGUCAAUUGCCAGACCCUGAAGGGAACGGUCAAAGGGCUGGUCAAGGCGCUGGAAGAAGUUGGCAAGGAGAUUGAGGUAUAA